CACAAAGCCUGUCUGGACUCUCCACUCAUCCUGAUAAACAGCUGCUUACCAUUUAAGGGGAAACUUCUCAGAAAAGAAAAAAAGAAAAAAGCUUAGCCAUGGACCUCCUCUUGGAUCGGGACUUUUGUCUGUAGAUGUUCGGAUUCAGACUCUGCAAAACGCACCAAAUCUGGACUUUACUUUUUUUGCGUAAUGCCCAGCCGCCCUCGCUCCAACAUCUGGAUUAACUAUUUGAAGUCGGAGCUAAGGAUACUAUUCUACACUGUGCACCAAACCUCAGCUUUAAUGUAGCCUUCCUUCUGUGUGUUUAGCCUGAUAACCCGAGCGCCUGCCCGUAGAUUAUGUAUUCUUUAAAAUGGGUGCGAACAAUGGAAAACAGUAUGGGAGCGAGGGUAAAGGAGGCUCAAGCAUCUCCUCUGACAUAAGCUCAAGCACAGAUCACACACCAACCAAAGCUCUGAAGAAUGUGGCUUCCACUGAAGGUUUAGAGAUCAGCACCAGAACACUAAGCACCCCUAGCCCAGGUCUAAUCUUGCCAUCCAAGUCCUCCUCCCUCUCCUCACCCGCCCUUUCAAGUAAUGGCCAUGAAACUAACUCUUCAUCCUCCUCUUCUGCUCAUACUGAGACGGUCGCUGUGAUCCACCCUCAGCCUGGGGUCCACACCCGUUCCAGACAGUCCAAAUCCCACCACCAUGCCCCUAUCAACCUGCUUCCUGACCACACUCUCCUGCAGAUCUUCUCCCACCUCCCAACCAACCAGCUUUGCCGAUGUGCACGUGUGUGCCGCCGCUGGUACAACCUGGCAUGGGACCCUAGGCUGUGGAGCACCAUCCGUCUCACUGGAGAGCUGCUGCAUGCUGACCGUGCCAUCCGGGUCCUGACCCACAGGCUGUGCCAGGACACCCCCAAUGUUUGCCUGACAUUGGAGACAGUGGUGGUCAAUGGUUGCAAGAGGCUCACAGACCGCGGGCUGCACAUUCUGGCCCAGUGCUGUCCGGAGCUGCGACGUCUGGAGGUCUCGGGUUGUUAUAACAUCUCAAAUGAUGCUGUGUUUGAGGUUGUCUCCCGCUGCCCCAGCCUGGAACACCUGGAUCUCUCAGGUUGCUCCAAGGUGACCUGUAUCAGCCUUACCCAGGAGGCCUCCCUCCAGUUGUCUCCUCUCCACGGUCAGCAGAUCUCCAUCCACUUCCUGGACAUGACUGAUUGCUUUUCGCUUGAGGAUGAGGGUUUGCGAACUAUCGCCUCCCACUGCCCUCGCCUCACUCACCUGUAUCUGCGACGCUGUAGCAGGCUAACAGACGAGGCCCUUCGCCACCUGGCCCUUCACUGCCCGUCGAUAAGGGAGCUGAGUCUCAGUGACUGCCGGCUGGUGGGGGAUUUCGGGCUGCGUGAGGUGGCCCGUCUGGAGGGCUGCCUGCGCUACCUGAGCGUGGCCCACUGCACCCGAAUAACGGAUGUUGGCAUCCGCUACGUUGCCCGCUACUGCCCAAGACUGCGCUAUCUUAACGCAAGGGGGUGCGAGGGGCUGACUGAUCACGGUCUGGGACACCUGGCUAGGAGCUGCCCCAAGUUAAAAUCUCUGGAUGUGGGUAAAUGCCCACUGGUGUCGGACAGCGGGUUAGAGCAGCUGGCUAUGUACUGCCAAGGUCUGAGACGGGUGAGCCUCCGAGCAUGCGAGAGCGUCACGGGUAGAGGACUCAAAGCUCUGGCCGCAAACUGCUGUGAGCUGCAGCUACUCAACGUGCAGGACUGUGAGGUGUCGCCAGAAGCGCUGCGCUUCGUCCGGCGCCAUUGUCGCCGCUGCAUCAUCGAGCACACAAACCCAGGUUUCUACUGAUUGAUGUGGAGGGUUUUUCUUUCGGCUAGCAUUUGUCUUUUAAAUCCGCCCAGGUGCGGUUUAUCUUCAAAGCAGUCUUCAGCAGAAUGUAUUUAACAGAUUUAUCUGUAAAAUAAAGUGUUUCACUUUUAUGACAUCGUCCCCUAGCAUCAUCAUUAGCAUUGUAACACUGAGCACUGAGUACAGUUGUGUGAACUUUUAAAGCCAAUUAAUAUAUAUAUAUUGUACUUAAAAUUCAACACCAAUUUAGGUUCUCAUCAUAAUCUAUUUAUAGACACAUUUCAUCAAACUGAGAGUAUAAAAAAGGAAAAAGAACAAAAAAAAAACAAAGUAUUGAUUUCUAUCUGUUCUGCGCUGACAAUCAUUUCAGUUCCAGGUGUCGAAAUUUACACUUUCUUUGAUCAUAUUAAGGUAUCUCUCGCAUUAGAAUAAUUAACUGCUUUGUAUUAAGACCAAUGUCAGAAAUAAAUGGGGACACAUUGCUGCUAGAUCUGU